GUUGGCUCGUCAUCUCGGGUUGCCCGAGACUGGCUUGGAUCGCUUUGCCGAGGACGUUUCCAGGGAGGUGCAGGCCGCGCUGGCGCAGCAGGGAUCUCCGGCCCAGCGCAUGAACCGUCUCGCGGCGGACCUGGGGGACCCCGCGCGCGAUGCGAAGCGGGGCGUCUACCUUGUGACGAUAUCCCGCGUUCUCCCGGACGCGCUCGACCAGACCGACCUGGUGGACGUCGAGGCGAUGAGUCGCGAGGGCGUCGGGCAGGCGCCCCUGAGCGCCCUGAACGGGAAUGGGGGCGGCGUUGUGAAGAAGAUGGCGGUGUUCAAGGCUCUGGGGCGGGAUCCUGCGCGGGCGGGCGAGGCCCCGACCGGCUGCGACAUGCCUCGCUCGGCGCUGGGCCGCCUGCGCGAGCUCCGAGAGACGCACGCGGAUGGGUCGUCGCACUUCCAUGCCGCAGUUUCUCUCUUCCAGAACAGGCGCUGGUUCCCCGUCGAGCGCGCCGUCCGCGAGCAUGCGAAGAUGGCUACCCGCUGGUCUUGCAGCCAUUCGCAGUGGUGGAGCGCGCUGCGAUACUGUGCCAUCCCCACGCUGAAGAAGCCCGUCGCGGACGGCAGCGCGUGGCCCUGGUCCCACGACGGUUCCCCGAUUGACUUCUUCGAGGAGUCCCAGCGGCCUUUCCAGGCCGGCGCGUGGAAGAGGCGCCGCGAGGAGGUAGAGAAGAGUGCUGCCGCGGGGGGCGCGCCGCCGAAGAAGUUCAGCAAACUCGACCUGACGGCAGUGAUCCUGGACCAGGAGCUCAAGACUAAGGCCGCCGUCUUAGAGUGCAUCCAGAGCCGCGGAACCGAGGCGAUGCAGCGCUUCGUCCACAACCACCAGCGGCAGCUGGGCGAGCACAUCGCCGAGGCCGCCGAGUGGGGGAUCGCUCGGAAGGCCGCCGACUUGGAGCGCAAGUCCGACUGGGACAUGGUCUGCGCAGCCGCCGAUGACGCCUGCGGCAAUGACGACGAUGAGUGCAGCUACAAGGUGGCUGCGGAGGCGUUCUUUGAGGUGAACCAGGGCAACAUCUCUCGCGCGGAGUUGGCCUGCGCCCUGAGGUCGAUUAUCGUGAACGGGCCCUCCAAGACCACGCGGACGCCACUCAUCGUGGGCCCGACCAACACAGGUAAGUCCACUUUGCUCAUGCCAUUUGACAAGCUGUUCGGGCAGUCGAACGUGCUCCACAAACCGGCGCUGGGGUCCAAGUUCGCUUUGCGCAACAUCACCAAGGGGAACAUGCGGUUCAUCUUCUGGGAUGAUUAUCGCCCAGUGGAGUACGCCCAGAAGACCGUGGAAGUGGCGACCUUCCUGAGCCUCUUCACGGGCCACCCCUUCGAGGUCCAGGUGUCGCAGAGCUUCAACGACGGCAACCCCGACGCGCAGUGGAACAGGGGCGCCGCCAUGACGGCCAAGGAGGCGGAGCUCUGGGAGCCGAAAGGCGCCGUGUCGGCCGAAGACGUCCGCCACAUGCAGAGUCGCGUGCAGGUCUUCCCCGCCAGGGUGCUGCCCAGGACUGCCAUGAGGGACGCGUGCCCCUGUCCUGGCUGCAUGUGCCGUUGGAUCCGGGAGGCUGCGGCGCAAGCGGACAUUGACGACCUUGUCCGCCUCGCGCCCGCUGCGCUCCGCUCUUCGCCGGCCGUGCUUCCCUUGGCCGACGGCGCCAGGGCGCCCUCGGGGGCCGCGACCGCGGCGCAGGCGGCAGCGGCCAUCAACGUGAACGGCUUGGACGAGUUGGCGGUCAAGGCGGCGUUGCCUCCUGAGGCCGUGAGGGCGUUGCGCGUCGAGCUUGUGGAGCUCGGUGCUGUCGGCGUGGGGGAGCUCACAGAGGACGACUGGCGCGGCCUCCGUGCCUGGGGGACGCUGAGGCACUUCGAGCAGCGCCGUCUGCUGAAGUCCUUGGAAAUGUAG